AUGGCUUCCAACAAGCCAGUCUUCUCCGGCGAAGGUGUCGACCCAGAAAAACGAGCUGCUGAUGGUGCCCCUCAUGAACUCAGCAGCGCUGAAUCCGUCCAGAUUGAGUCCAACGAGCAAUAUUACAGCCUCGGAUUCUGGACUCGCAUGGGAUGUACGGCCGAAUCUUUCAAGCGCCGAACCGUGAGCGACAAGACCAACCAGCUCAACCAGACUCUACGUUCCCGCCAUAUGCACAUGAUUGCCAUUGGUGGCUCCAUUGGCGCUGGUCUCUUUGUUGGUACCGGUUCGGCCCUCCGUCGAGGUGGACCUGCUUCGCUUCUCCUCGACUACAUCAUCAUCGGGGUGAUGAUCUUCAACGUCGUCUUUGCUCUCGGUGAACUCGGCAUCAUGUAUCCGAUCUCGGGGGGCUUCUACACGUAUUCGACUCGAUUCAUCGAUCCUUCCUGGGGUUUCGCCAUGGGCUGGAACUACGUCUUCCAGUGGGCUAUUGUAUUACCCCUAGAAAUCACGGUCGCGUCGUUCACCAUAUACUUCUGGACGUCUGAUGUCCAUGUUGCGGUGUGGAUCUCCAUGUUCUUGGCCGCCAUCAUCAUCAUCAACAUCUUUGGCGUUCUGGGCUACGGAGAAGAAGAAUUCUGGUCGAGCGCGCUGAAGCUCUUCGCCAUCGUUAUCUUCAUGAUCAUCGGUCUCAUCUGCGUCUGCGGUGGUGGUCCUAGCCGUGGGAUCUACAGUGAAUACUGGGGAGCUCGACUUUGGUACGAUCCGGGAGCAUUCCGAAACGGCUUUAAAGGUUUCUGCUCUGUCUUUGUCACCGCCGCCUUUGCCUUUUCUGGUACCGAACUUGUCGGCCUCGCCGCCGCCGAGUCGAGAACGCCUUUGAAAUCACUCCCCUCUGCCGUCAAACAGGUCUUCUGGCGAAUUACGCUCUUCUACGUCCUUUCGCUUCUCUUCGUCGGUCUCCUUGUCCGUUCCGACGAUGAACGUCUCCUCGGCGCCAACCCAUAUGUCGAUGCUCAAGCCUCACCAUUCGUGCUGGCCGCUCAAGAUGCCGGCCUGAUCGGAUUCGACUCAUUCAUGAACGUCGUUAUUCUCGUCUCCGUCAUUUCUAUCGGCAACAGUGGCGUCUAUGGAGGCAGUCGGACAUUGACCGCCCUGGCUGAACAAGGAUACGCGCCAAAGAUCUUCACCUACGUCGACCGCGCCGGCCGUCCUCUUGUCUCUACCGUUACGAUCAUCGCAUUUGGCGCCCUUGCCUACCUCGGUGUUGCUGAGUCCGGCAUUGAAAUCUUCGACUGGCUUCUGGCCCUGUCUGGCCUGGCGGCACUCUUUACCUGGGGCUCGAUUUGCUUGGCGCACAUCCGAUUCCGAGCGGCAUGGAAACAUCAAGGCCGACCCCUUGAUGAAAUUCCAUUCAAGUCUGUCGGUGGCGUCUAUGGUUCUUACCUCGGCCUCAUUUUGAUCUUCCUGGUGUUGGUCGCACAAUUCUACGUCGCCAUCUGGCCUCCUGGUGGUGGUGUCAACGACGCCGAAGGUUUCUUCAAGUCCUACCUCGCGCUACCGGUCGUCAUGUUCUUCUGGAUCUGUGGAUACGCGUGGAAAAGACAGGGUUGGCUGAGGCUUGAUCAGAUCGAUCUGGACUCUGGCCGCCGUCAGAUUGACUGGGAGGCACACCAUGCAGAGAUGGAGAAGAGAAGGAACGCCACCGGCCGCUUCUUCCUCAGCCUCGUCGCCCUUUCGACCUCCGUCUCCUGCUACCUGGCCGACUGGAACGAAACACAUGUGAAAAACCCGCGGUGGCCCCCUCACGCCCGCUUCCAUAACGGUCAAACUAUGUCCAUGGGCCUCUGCUUAGGCGCGUUGACAGCGUAUUUCCUCUGGCGUCCUGCGCGGGAUCUUGCCGCUGCGAAAGACAACGUGAACGUCGCGGUGGUGAUGGCUAGUUUAUAUUGGGUCACGGGAUUCUCGGCGAUAUUGUAUCCGGGGACCAAAUGGAUGGAUCCAGAAUAUGGGGAGGGGAGUCCCCAGAUCGUGGUUUUCGGGGCGCAUUUGCUUGGGGCGUGGUACGGGUGGGUGUUAGAAAUGAGAAGAACGGCCCACUGGGCGGGGAAGGUGCAGUAG